GAAUUUGCUCCUCAUUCUACGGAAAGUUGCGUUGCGAUUUUCUGCGGGUGCUCUAUGUAUCUCCUUAUUUUCUCAUUUUGUUUCGCUUCUCUGCCUCAAGGAGCAAUCAGUCUCUGUCAGAUCGUGUUCGGCAUUAGAGGAUCUCCCUGCCAUUAUUACUCUGGACUGUGAGAGUAUCUCUGUAUCAUGAAUCGAUGUAAGACUCCCGCAGAUAUUUCCAUUAUUCAUAUGUAUCUCGUAUUUCCGGCAGUAUGGCCUAUAUUGUUUCUCUCCUGGCAUCUUCCAGGCAGAAAUGCGUUUCUGGCUCCUGUAUAGUUUCGUCUGUAAAUUCUGGUAUUAACUCUUCCCUAUAUGCAUUUAUCAUCUGCCUAUGGCCCACGUACUCUGCUUCACUCCUUAACGGCCAUCUCAUUCAUAUUCUACUGCCGAGGCGCAGUUUUUCCGUAUGUUGUUCAUUUACGUUUACGCUGUUUACUGGAUUGCGUGUUUAUGUUCAAACUUGCUUUAUGUCUGUGGGAACGUUCCCUAUGUGUAUACGUUGACGAAAUGAACCUUCUCACCGCCUGGGUCGUUGCGAAAUGCAAAACAGAGGUUUUGCCGUUGUCUAUCGGAGGCAAAAGCAUAAUUUCAUGGGCAUUUUGUCCCCGCAACCGACAUGAGAUG